AUGAACACCAUGCUGAAAACGCCACCGGAUGCUGCCAUUGCCAUACCCAUAACCAUACCUGCAGAUCACUCCGCUUCUCCUACUAAGCUUGCGGCGGAGGUCGACUGCGCCACCAUGAGUAGCAGGAAACUUCCGCGGAACUACGACGUGAUGCAUUUGGCUUUACGGCUUGUUUGUGUAUCGGCGUCGGUGGCGUCCGUCGUCGUAAUGACCUCCGCGAAAGAGAAGUCGACGAUCUCGCUCUACGGCUUUAACCUCCCUGUUUACUCGAAAUGGUCCUUCUCCGAUUCCUUCGACUAUUUGGUCGGAGUAUCGGGAGCUGUAGCAGUUCAUUCAUUUCUUCAACUGCUCAUAACAUCAAAAAUGCUGCUAAGGAAAUCUUCGGCAAUUUCUUCAAGGAAACAUGCAUGGCUGAUAUUUGCUGGUGAUCAGGUUUUUGCGUAUGCGAUGAUGAGUGCUGGAUCGGCUGCAUCAGGAGUCACGAAUCUGAAUCGAACAGGGAUCAAACAUUCAUCGCUACCAAAUUUCUGUAAGCCGUUACAUAGCUUCUGUGAUCGUGUUGCUGUUGCAAUCGGAUUUGGAUUCUUCAGCUGCUUCUUGCUUGCCAUGUCUGCUGUUCUUGAUGUGGUUUGGUUGUCUGAGUACUGA